AUGAGUCUGGAGAAUCAGAGCAGCGUGUCUGAGUUCUUCCUCCUGGGACUCCCCAUCCGUCCAGAGCAGCAGGGUGUGUUCUUCACCCUGUUCCUGGGAAUGUAUCUGACCACGGUGCUGGGGAACCUGCUCAUCAUCCUGCUCAUCAGGCUGGACUCUCGCCUCCACACGCCCAUGUAUUACUUCCUCAGCCACUUGGCCUUCACGGAUGUCUCUUUCUCAUCUGUCACUGUCCCUAAGAUGUUGAUAAACAUGCAUACCCAGGAUCAAUCCAUCCUCUAUGCAGGGUGUGUAACACAGAUGUAUUUUUUCAUAUUUUUUACUGAUCUGGACAAUUUCCUUCUCACCUCAAUGGCAUAUGAUCGGUAUGAGGCUAUCUGUCACCCCCUCCGCUAUGCCACCAUCAUGAGAGGAGGGGUAUGUAUCUUGCUAGUAGCUGUAUCCUGGAUCCUCUCCUGUGCCAGUGCCCUGUCUCACACCCUUCUCUUAGCCCAACUGAUGGGAAAACCAAGCCAACUGAACCAAACAGCUGUUUCAGACUUCCUCCUUCUGGGACUCUCUGAGAAGCCAGAGGAGCAACGACUCCUAUUUGGCAUCUUCCUGGGCAUGUACCUGGUCACCAUGACAGGGAACCUGCUUAUCAUCCUGGCCAUAAGCUCUAACCCACACCUUCAUACUCCCAUGUACUUUUUCCUUGCCAAUCUUUCAUUAACUGAUGCCUGUUUCACUUCUGCUUCAGUCCCCAAAAUGCUGGCCAACAUUCAUACCCGGAGUCGGACCAUCUCUUAUUCUGGGUGCCUUGCACAGCUGUAUUUCCUCCUUAUGUUUGGUGGCCUUGACAACUGCCUGCUGGCUGUGAUGGCAUAUGACCGCUACAUGGCCAUCUGCCAGCCACUCCAUUACAGCACAGCUAUGAGUCCCCAACUCUGUGUACUAAUGCUUGUCAUGUGCUGGAUGCUAACCAACUGCCCUGCACUGAUGCACACACUGCUGCUGACCCGUGUGGCCUUCUGUGCCCACAAGGCCAUCCCUCACUUUUACUGUGAUCCCAGUGCUCUGCUGAAGCUUGCCUGCUCAGACACUCACAUUAAUGAGCUAAUGAUCAUCACCAUGGGCCUAAUGUUCCUCACUGCUCCCCUCAUGUUGAUUAUCCUCUCCUAUGGCCGCAUUUCCUGGGCUGUGUUUGGCAUAUCAUCUCCUGGAGGGCGAUGGAAAGCCUUCUCUACCUGUGGUUCCCACCUCACAGUGGUCCUGCUCUUCUAUGGGUCUCUGAUGGGUGUUUAUUUACUUCCUCCAUCAACUCACUCAGCAGAGAGUGAAAGUAGGGCUGCCAUUCUCUACAUGGUGAUUAUCCCCAUGUUAAACCCAUUCAUCUACAGCUUGAGGAACAGAGAUAUGAAGGAGGCCUUGGGUAAACUAUUUGGUAGUGGAAAAAUGUUCCUCUUACCAUGACA